UCACAAGUCAAACAGCCCUCCUCCCGUUCAUACCAACAUCAUCUGUAGUCAUGAGAAGAUUGCUUGUACUCCUACUGGUAGCCUUAGUCACUGCAGAGGAAAAACGUUCUGCUGAUCCAGAGCCCGGAAUUGGUCAUGCCGGUAUUGGAGGUCUUGGUGGAAUAGGACAUCAAGGAGGGUAUGGAGGCAUUGGUGGUUUUGGAGGUCUUGGUCAUGGUGGUAUUGGAGUUGGAGGUUUUGGAGGACUUGGUCAUGGUGGGCUAGGAGGAAUUGGUCAGGGUGGGCUAGGAGGAAUUGGUCAUGGUGGUAUUGGACUUGGUGGACUAGGUCAUGGCAUAGGCCAUGGCAUAGGUCAUGGAGGAGGACUGGGAGGAAUUGGAUAUGGAAAAGGUCUCAUCGGAGGACACGGUGGAAUUGGUCAUGGACAUGGUCAUGGGUUAGGACUCAAUGCAGGAUUUGGUGGUGGACAUGGUGGUUAUGGUGGUCUUUUGGGGGCUAAUAGUUAUGCCAAAGGAUACAGCCACUCCAGUGGAUACAGUCAUGGAAACAACAUUGGCAAAGGAUUCAAGGGGCUAGGAGGACUCGCUCAUGGCCACAAACACCUCCAUGGGAAGCGAAGUGCUGAUGCUAACCCUGGGUUAGGACAUGGUUAUGGAGGUCUUGGACAUGGUGGGCUAGGAGGUCUUGGUCAUGGUGGUAUUGGACUUGGUGGUCUUGGAGGACUUGGUCAUGGUGGGCUAGGAGGAAUUGGUCAUGGUGGUAUUGGACUUGGUGGACUAGGUCAUGGCAUAGGCCAUGGCAUAGGUCAUGGAGGAGGACUGGGAGGAAUUGGAUAUGGAAAAGGUCUCAUCGGAGGACAUGGUGGAAUUGGCCAUGGACAUGGACAUGGGUUAGGACUCAAUGCAGGAUUUGGUGGCGGAUAUGGUGGUUACGGUGGCCUUUUGGGGGCUAAUAGUUAUGCCAAAGGAUACAGCCACUCCAGUGGAUACAGUCAUGGAAACAACAUUGGCAAAGGAUUCAAGGGGCUAGGAGGACUCGCACAUGGCCACAAACACCUCCAUGGGAAGCGAAGCGCUGAUCCUAAUCCUGGAUUAGGACAUGGUUAUGGUGGUCUUGGACUUGGAGGACUUGGUCAUGGAGGUCUUGGACAUGGUGGGCUUGGAGGACUUGGUCAUGGUGGACUAGGAGGAAUUGGACAUGGUGGGCUAGGAGGACUUGGACAUGGUGGGCUUGGAGGACUUGGUCAUGGUGGACUAGGAGGAAUUGGACAUGGUGGGCUAGGAGGACUUGGACAUGGUGGGCUUGGAGGACUUGGUCAUGGUGGUCUUGGACUUGGUGGACUAGGUCAUGGCAUUGGUCAUGGAGGAGGCCUUGGAGGAAUUGGGUAUGGAAAAGGUCUUAUUGGAGGACAUGGCGGAAUUGGCCAUGGGCAUGGACAUGGGUUAGGACUCAAUGCAGGAUUUGGUGGUGGAUAUGGUGGUUAUGGUGGUCUCUUGGAUGGUAAUAGCUAUGCCAAAGGAUACAGCCACUCCAGCGGAUACAGUCAUGGAAACAACAUUGGCAAAGGAUUCAAGGGGCUAGGAGGACUCGCACAUGGUCCACAAACACCUCCACGGGAAGCGAAGCGCUGAUCCUAACCCUGGAUUAGAUCUUGGUUAUGGUGGUCCUGGACUUGGAGUACUUGGCCAGGGUGAUUUUGGAAUUGGAGGCAUUGAAAAUGGGUUAGGGGUCGGAAAUGGACUUGGAUAUGGAUUAGGUCUUGGCAGUGGACUCGAUAGUGGAUAUGGAGGUGAUAGCAGGCCCUCAAGAGGAUACAGCCACCCACACAACAUCGGUCUAGGAGAAAGCGGACUAGAUGGAAUCUCUCAAGGACAUUACCUUGACAAACGUGAGGUCGAGGAGGCUGAGUCUAAAUAAGGGGGAAUUACACCAUUCUUAAGUAUUUGUUAUAAAUACGUUUCAGAGGACGACAAUUGCAAGUAUCACCGAGGAACGAGUCCAGAUGCAAAAGACAUUUACCUGUUAUACAUACGCCCUCCCUUUUCCUUACCUUCCAAUGUCUUCUGAGUAGUUAAACUUGUUAUUUUGUUGAAAUAAAUGUACAUUU